AAGCUUUUGACGUUGUUGACAACCGCAAGAAGCCGACCCCGGGAGCAUUUUUCAUUUUGUCUGCCAUUGCUGCGGAAAAUUUCGAAAAUUUGUAUUGAUUUAUCGGGAAAAAGUACCAAAUUUCAGCUCGAAACCGGUCUCCGUUUAGCGCAAAAUGGCUCGAUCGAAAAAUCGCUCCGAAUCGGCCGAUUCGGACAAGGUAGAGAAAAAGCAGCGCGGCCGGGAGAAGGAACGCAAAAAGCGAAACUCCAGCAGCAGCGACAGCAGUGGAAGCUCAUCGGACAGCAGCUCAUCCCGCAGUAGCUCGGGAUCUCGAUCGAGUUCUUCAAGCAGCAGUUCGUCAUCAUCGAGUUCAUCGUCGUCGUCGAGCAGUGGAGCAGAGCGUUCUCGUACCAAGCGCAAAACCGCGACCAAAUCCCGUUCGCAUAGUGCUAGCCCGGCAACCAAGGAAGCGCCUGCUAAGGAAGUGAAACCACCUCGGCCAAAGUCCAAGGAAUGCAACGAACGUCGUAGCGCGGAACGCGGCGAUAAUGACAAAGAGAACAAGCAAGCCAAGGCGGCAUCGCCGGAAAGGGGUGCCGCUAAGGAUGCUCGUAGUCGUAGGUCCCGUUCCGGGUCGUCCAAACGGCGGAGGAAGGAACGCUCGGUGACACCGAAAGCCACUAGAAUACACGUUGGCCGGCUGACCAGAAACGUUACUAAAGAUCAUGUUAUGGAGAUCUUUGGUACAUUCGGGGAAAUCCGAACUGUGGACUUCCCCUUGGACCGUUUCCAGCCAUUUGGCAGAGGUUUUGCCAAUUCGGAGGGGGCGGAAAACGCCAUCAAGCACAUGGCCGGAGGGCAAAUCGAUGGCCAGGAAGUGACGGCCACUGCCAUCCUGGUACCGAAGAGUCGGCCGCCGAUGCGACGUCCGUCGCCCAUUAUGCGGAACAACCGGCCGCCGCCGCGUUGGCGCGGAGGGUCACCCAGACGCUAUCAACGCCGGUCUCCGAUUCGUCGUAGUCCCCGGCGCAGGCGCUCACGCAGUCCGGUCAGACGACGCCGCCACAGCAACAGCUCCGAUAGUUCCCGCUAGGGAUGUCAAAAGAUGCGGUUCAGAUCCACCGAAAUUAUCGUGUGUGAACACAGGCUGGUUUGUGCGUGUUACGAUCACUAACUAAACGUGAGAAAAUAUUGAACUCCCUUUCUUAGUAAUGAAUAAGCGAUACUGCAAAACAAAAUAAAAAUGUCAUGUUCGACAGGAAUGAAAUUUUCUGUCGGAUAUUUGAUUGUAACUCUAUCGAUGUAAGAACACAUAUUAAUGUAUGGAAAUAUAUGAUUUAAUAAAGAACAUAAUUUCAAGGCAAA